AUGUUUUCUGAGGUCGCUUUCGUCUUGGGCUUGGUCGUUGGGGCUUCUGCUCGUCCGCUGCUGGGUCAACAUGCGCAGAGGAUCGAUGCGAGGCAGUUGGCCAACGAGUACGACUUUGUGGUUGCGGGAGGUGGCAUUGCGGGCUUGACGGUCGCGGAUCGGUUGUCUGAAAAUCCCAAGGUAUCUGUGUUGGUAAUCGAAUAUGGCCCUUUCGAUCAAGGCGAAGAUGGUGUCAUGGUUCCUGGUGCAUACUUCCCGGUUCCCUACCUCUGGCUGCCAUUGAGUAGCACGCCGCAAAAGGCACUCGGAGGGACUUCGUAUGGUGUUCCCUGCGGACGUGUUGUAGGUGGUGGCUCGGUCGUCAAUGCCAUGUUCUUCCAUCGCGGGAGUGCAGAAGUGUAUGACGGGUGGGAUAGCUUGGGUGCUACUGGGUGGUCAUGGAGCGACUUAUUUCCGUACUUUAAGAAGAGCGAGAAUUUCAACCCGCCUGACGCCAAAUAUGCUGCCGAACGCAACAUCACUUGGGACAAGUCCGUGCAUGGCUUUGGAGGACCUGUCCAAGCAAGUUACGCCCCUUACGACUACCCUGGAAGUGCCAACUUCUACAACGGCGCUCUCAGACUAGGAAUUGAGCCAAGGAAGGACCCCAAUGGUGGUGAUGCAACAGGCAUAUUCCGACUUCAGAGAUCUGUUGACCCUAAGACACAGACUCGAUCUACAGCGAGAAUCAAUCAUUACGAAAGCGUGAAGGCAUCUCGACCCAAUUAUCAUAUCCUACCUAACACUGCAGUCAACAAGAUCCUGUUCAGCGGUAAGACGGCCACUGGUGUGGAUUUCGUAGGAGUGUCCGAUAGCAAAUCGGGCACAGUCAAGGCCAAGAAGGAGGUCAUAGUUGCUGCAGGUGCUGUUCAUACGCCUCAAAUCCUACAGCUUUCUGGCAUUGGCGACGCCAAAUAUCUUCAACAAUUCAAGAUCAAUUCGGUUGUAGAUCUGCCCGGAGUUGGACUGAAUCUACAGGACCACCUUGUUCUAUCUGUAUCAUACAAUUUCACCAACAAUCUCUUUCCCAAUGGUGGAUCCCUCCAGGCCAAUACGACUUACGCCACAGAGCAGCGCGCUCUGUAUGACGCCAACAAGCCCAGCGCAUUCGACCUCACAGGCACGACCGGAAACCUCAUCAUCCAGCUCCCGCUCUCAGAAUGGACGUCUUCUGUGCGGUCCAUCGUCUCACUGGCCAGCAAACAAGAUCCUUCUAAGCUGUUAGGUGGAAGCCCCAAUGCAGGUGUCCUCGCGGGCUACAAGAAGCAGCGAAAGCUCAUUAUUGACAACCUCAGCAAUGACGGUGAGGCCGUUGGCGAUAUUUCUUGGAAUACCGGCCCAACAACUACUCUCUAUAUGACGCGCCCCCUCUCGCGAGGAUCUAUCAAGAUCAACAGUACGUCUAUACUUACUCAACCGUUGAUCGACUUCGGCGCCAUUACCGACCCAACGGACCUGGAGAUGUUGCUUGCAAUCUACCUUAAGAACCGCGAACUCAUGGCGACACCUGAACUGGCAGGCUUGGGGCCACUUGAGACGUCGCCAGCACCGGGUCUGAAAACAAAUGAGGAGAUCAAAGAAGCGAUAAAGAAGACAUUACAGCCAAGUAAUGCGCAUCAGUGCUGUACUGCUGCCAUGGUGCCGAAACAAGAUGGUGGUGUCGUCGAUCCUCAAAACAAAGUGUAUGGAACGGAUAGAUUGAGUGUUGUAGAUGCAAGUAUCUGGCCCUUUGUACCUGGUGGUGGACCACAGGCCAGUGUCUAUGCUGGCGCGGAGAAAGCAGCAGACACCAUCAAGAAGCGACACAAGUUGCUAUAG